CUCGGUAAAGUUCGGCCGCGCACGGUAGGUUAGUUGACCGCGGGGCCGAGGAGGCGAGCGCCCGAACAGCUCCUCGACAGUAGGCCGGCGACGUCACUGUGGGCCGGUUCGAGGCGAGCCUUUCUAACGCACCCCCCGCCGCUCUUCUCUCCAACGUAGCCUACGACACGUUUUUUUCAUUUCUCGAUUACAGCCGGGCUCUCCUAAACCAUUCGCUUUACAUGUAGCAAGAUCCGAGGAUGAGAAGUUUGGACGUCAACGAAGUGAUUCUUGGAGCUUUUCUUCGGCUUACUCUCGUCGAGUGUAUGGUUUUGAGAAGAUUACAGCAGGGUUGUGGGCAGUACAGACAUGGGAAGUGAGCAUUACUGCCUGAGGUGGAACAAUCAUCAGAGCAACUUGCUGGGUGUGUUCAGUCAGCUGCUGGAGUCGGAGUCGCUGGUGGACGUGACCCUGGCGUGCACGGAGGGCCCGUCCAUACGCGCGCACAAGGUCGUACUCUCGGCGUGCUCGAGCUACUUCCAGGCCCUCUUCCUCGACCAUCCAAAUCGCCAUCCCAUCGUCAUUCUGAAGGACGUCCGCUUCGCCGAGCUGCGCACCCUCGUCGACUUCAUGUACAAAGGCGAGGUAAACGUCGAGUACUGCCAGCUGUCAGCCCUCCUCAAGACGGCCGAGAGCCUCAAGGUCAAGGGUCUCGCCGACAUGACCAACAUCAAUGCCGCCGCUGCCGCGGGUCACGCCUCCAAGGACGAGGAGCACUCGUCGCAGACGUCGCCUCAGCAGCAGCAACAGCAACAGCAACAGCAGCAGCAGCAGCAGCAGCAGCAGCACCAGAAUUCGAUGACGAGCGCGUCGGCGACGGAGGUGGCAGCGACUUCGGCCACGGCUACGGUUACGGCUACGGCUACGGCUACGGCUACGGCUACGGCAGCGGCAGCGGCGCCCAUGGUAAUACAGCAAGACGGACCCGAGGACCGGCACCGCCCCGAGCCCAGGGACGGCAAGGAUCGCGAGCGCAACCACGACAGGGAGCGAAACUGCAGGGACCGGGACAGGGACCGGGAGAGGGACCGUGAACGGGAUCGGGAACGGGAUCGGGAACGGAAUCGGGAACGGGAUAGGGAACGGGACAGGGAGCGAGAUCGGGAGCGGGAGCGGGAGCGGGACCGGGACCGGGAACGAGACCGAGAGAAGGAGCGCGAGAAGCGAGAAACGGGCUCGAGGGAGCGCGAGUUGCGGCUCGGCGACGCCGCGGACCCUGACCAGCUCGAGGUCAGCGAGUGCCCGAUCUCGCCGACGACGACGCGGGCCCCGGCGAGCCCCUGCCCCGUGCCCCUGGCCCUCGAUCGGCCCCGCUCGAGGCGCGACUCGGACUCGGUUGCGAGCCUCGAGGAGACCCGGGGCUCCCUGAGCCCGCUCUCCGUCCACAGCGGGCCCAGCGACAUGAGCCUCGGUAACAACAGUCUCGCGGUCGCCGGUAUCACACCGGUCACGAUGCCCAUCGGCAGCCUGCCCCACAGCCGACUUCCGUCCCCCCACAGUACGGAGCCCCUGGCGGGCCCUUCGGGUCUGCCCCCGGUGCAGCAGGUGCCACUGUCACUCAAGAAGGAAGUGGACUGGGAGAGAUCAACGGAGGAGCGGAGCGCGAGCAGCGAAAUGUCUAGUGACUACCGGCUGCCCCCAGAUCCGGAGUUGAUGGGUAUGGAUGAGCGGGUGUUUGCGUGCAUGUACUGCGGUGCCUCGUUCCUCCACCAGAGCAAGCUGACGCGGCACAUCCUCUCGCACAGCCUCGAGUCGCUCAAGUACCGCGAGCAGGCAGCUCACCUGCAACUCCAAGCUCAGCUGGGCCUCGAGCCCACGGGGCUGCACCUGCCCCCCGAGGCCCAUUAUCCCCCGGGGGCGGGCGUCGGUCCAAUAGAGCCCAUGGACCUCGAAUUGGCGGCGGUCCACUCGGACCCGACCUCCGGCCUCGUGCUCUGCAAGUUCUGCGGCAAGUCCUUCCCCGACGUGGGCUCGCUCAUCAGCCACCUGCCUGCCCACACGGGCGACAGGCCCUUCAAGUGCGAGUUCUGCGGCAAGGCCUUCAAGCUACGGCACCACAUGAAGGACCACUGCCGCGUUCACACGGGCGAGAGGCCCUUCCGCUGCUCCCUAUGCGGCAAGACCUUCUCGAGGUCGACCAUACUCAAGGCCCACGAGAAGACCCACUACCCAAAGUACGUGCGCAAGUUCCUGUCCCCGAGCCCCGUGGACCCGGUCGAGGACGAGGCAACCACGGCGCCGCCCAACCCGCCCAAUCCCCACUCUCAUCACUGAGCAACGAGGCGCAUCCGCGGCAAGCACCAACACCGCCAGCACAACCUCCACGAGCAACAACAACAGCAACAGCAGCUACAGCAACAGCAGCAGCAGCAG